GCUCCGGAGCGCAAUGGACGCGGCGCUGCUCCUCAGCCUGCUGGAGGCCAACUGCAGCCUGGCACUGGCCGAAGAGCUGCUUUUGGACGGCUGGGGAGAGCCCCCGGACCCCGAAGGUCCCUACUCCUACUGCAACACGACCUUGGACCAGAUCGGAACCUGCUGGCCCCAGAGCGCGCCUGGAGCCCUAGUGGAGAGACCAUGCCCCGAAUACUUCAACGGCAUCAAGUACAACACGACCCGGAGUGCCUACAGAGAAUGCCUGGAGAAUGGGACCUGGGCCUCAAGGGUCAACUACUCACACUGUGAACCCAUUUUGGAUGAUAAGCAGAGGAAGUAUGACCUGCAUUACCGAUUCGCCCUCAUCGUCAACUACCUGGGCCACUGUGUUUCCGUGGUGGCCCUGGUGGCCGCUUUCCUGCUUUUCCUAGUGCUGCGGAGUAUCCGCUGCCUGCGGAAUGUGAUCCACUGGAACCUCAUCACCACCUUCAUCCUGAGAAACAUCACAUGGUUCCUGCUGCAACUCAUCGACCACGAAGUGCACGAGGGCAAUGAGGUCUGGUGCCGCUGCGUCACCACCAUAUUCAACUACUUUGUGGUCACCAACUUCUUCUGGAUGUUUGUGGAAGGCUGCUACCUGCACACUGCCAUCGUCAUGACAUACUCCACGGAGCAUCUGCGCAAGUGGCUCUUCCUCUUCAUUGGAUGGUGCAUACCCUGCCCUAUCAUUGUCGCCUGGGCAGUUGGCAAACUCUACUAUGAGAAUGAGCAGUGCUGGUUUGGCAAGGAACCUGGUGACUUAGUGGACUACAUCUACCAGGGCCCCAUCAUCCUCGUGCUCCUCAUCAAUUUUGUGUUUCUGUUCAACAUCGUCAGGAUCCUGAUGACAAAACUGCGAGCCUCCACCACAUCCGAGACCAUCCAGUACAGGAAGGCAGUGAAGGCCACCCUGGUCCUCCUCCCCCUGUUGGGCAUCACCUACAUGCUCUUCUUUGUCAAUCCUGGAGAGGACGACCUGUCACAGAUUGUGUUCAUCUACUUCAACUCUUUCCUGCAGUCCUUUCAGGGUUUCUUUGUGUCCGUUUUCUACUGCUUCUUCAAUGGAGAGGUGCGCUCCGCCCUGAGAAAGCGGUGGCACCGCUGGCAGGACCACCACGCCCUCCGAGUGCCUGUGGCCCGGGCCAUGUCCAUUCCCACGUCGCCCACCAGGAUCAGCUUCCACAGCAUCAAGCAGACAGCUGCCGUGUGAUCCCCUGUCACCCAUCUGCCCAGCACUCCACCACCGAGGCGGCUUCCUCAUUCUUCACAGCCUUCCCUGGGUCCUCCUUGCUACACUGACCCUUAGGGUGCAGGAGAAGGGGGGCGAAUGAACUCUCCUGCCGGAAGGAAAGGAAAACUAUGAAAUGGGGGCUCUGAAAGACCAGGGCCCAGUGCAGCCACACAUCUCCAAGCAAAAGGGAGCAGAGGGACACCAUGGGACCCUCAGAAGGGGUAGAUCUCACACCAUCAAGCCUCUGUGCACCCAGCCUCUUUCAUGGGGAUCCUCACUGCAGCACCAUUUACAUCUGAAGAAACUGAGGACUGGAGCAGGCAGGGGCCUGGCCAAGUCACACAGCGAUUGCCCCACUCACAGCACCCACAGCUGGCUCUGCUCCUUGUUUCCCAUCUCCUCACGUGCCGGCGCCCUCUAAAGGUGAGGGAGACAAGCAUGGACUCAUCUGAAC